AUGCGAAACGGAAAGCCAGAAAUAGUGUCCCAGCUGAAGCUUUGGUGGUAUCCUCCUCAGCCCCCUUUAAUAAACACCCAGCCACCCGCCUCACCUGACCUCUUCUUCUGUCGGCCCAUUUUCUUAUGGAUGCCGCUAAAGAUGUGGUUGUUUCCUCUUGUCUGCGUUCACCCAGACUGUGGUAAGCACAGACUUACAGCGGCAGGACUUUACCGUACCGUGCGCAAGGUCUUAGACAUUGAUGGGUGGUAUGACCUUGCCACUGAGUAUCUGGAGUGCAAACGCUGCAAAAAGAAGUAUCCAGCUUGGAACGAGGACAUCUUAGGACAGCUGGAUAUGGGCCACCGCAGUCAGUUUCCAGCUUUGCUGACAUACAGAUACUCAUGUGACAACCGGGUGGUGAGGAUGAUGAGGGAGAGGACACUGGGCAACAGUGUGACUCAGCUCUACAAGAAGCUGAUGGAACAACACAGUGAGGCAUGGACACAGCGUGUCCUGCAGUACCUGACUGCCUGUGAACCAUUCACAAGGUCCUCCCUUGUGCAGCCUCCUGUGUUUGCUGAGCCUCCCCUUUUACCUGCCCUUCCUAAACCUAAGUGGCUGUUAGCUGUGUACGCCAGGGAUGUUCUGGGGCGACUGGACGAGGUCAAGGCCAAGAUAACAUCUGUAUUUGGCUGUGUUCUCAAGAUGGACUCCACAAAAAAGGUCACAAAAAAACUUGCCGGUGCUGCUUCAGGAACAGCUGCCUGGUGCACAAAUGUUGGUAACGAACACGGCCAAGUCCUUGUCUCUGUCCUAACAGCCGCCGAGGGACAUGCACUGGACCCCAUGGCAGCUGGCCUAAUGAAACGCUACCGAGAGGCAGGAGAGGCAUCCCCAAAGGUGAUGUACGUGGACAGAGAUUGCUGCAGUCAGCACGGCCAGUCUCAGGUGAAGGCCAUGUUUUCGGAGUGGGAUGAGCUUGAAGUGCGCCUGGACAUCUGGCAUUUCAUGCGGCGAUUUGCUGCAGGUGUCACGACAGAGGCUCAUCCGCUCUAUGGGAUCUUCAUGGCACGUCUAUCCAUGUCCAUAUUCCAGUGGGAUUCAGAGGAUGUGGCUGCUCUUCGCCGUGCAAAGGAGGGUGAGCUGGCAGCAAAGAAGACUGGCUACAUCUCAGAAAAGGCGGUCAGUGCUCGCAUUAACCGGAGGGAGUUGGCACUGCACUGCCGGAGGAGGACCAGGGGGGAGGAGGAGACCACCAUAUUGAUUGGGUCACUGAUUGAUCAGUUUGACAGUGCGGACGGGAAGGAUACUCUGGGAGUUCCACUUCUGAACCAUGAACGGAUCCAGCAGAUAUGGAAAGAACAGCGGAAGCAUGUACAGUGUAUCCAAGACCCAGAGCACUUUCCGCUCUACAUAAAGAAGGGGACACUGAAGAAAGGCGGUGUGGAGCUGUGCUGCUACAGGUGUGCUCGAGGCUCUACCUCCUUGGAGUCAUUCCACCUCCACCUGAACCGUUUUAUUCCAGGAACCAGUGCUAACAUACUGAAUUUUCAGUUGUAUCUCCUGGAAGGCCUGAACAGGUGGAACCAAGACCGGGCAGUAGCAUCAAUUUCCAUAAAAUCCUCCCCUCUUCUCACCUACGCAGGGCAGGUGGUGCAAAGCAUCAACACCAACAGCAUAAAUGUUUUUGGAGAGAAGCUUGUGCCCACGUUCCAACCUCCUGCACAGUACACCGGGGAGCUAAUUGGAGUGGACUAUCUACUUAGUCAGACAGGGCAGCCACUUCAGUCAAUGGAUGCUGACAAUGAGCAGACAGACCAGCUGCUGGAGGAAGUAAAUGUUAGAUGA